AGCGGGGGAGUGUGAAGGUGGUAGAAUAUUCUGGGUGUUGACCUAAAGGACGAUAAAAGAUGAGUCAAACCCAGUUCCCCGUCCCUCGAGAUUCUGUGGAGAUUCAUCAAGCAAUCUGCUUUCUUAGUACAUCGUCUUUCGCCCAGCAACAGAUAAUGGGCCUUUUCUGCUACUUGACUUCCUGUGUCUUUCGUCCGAUCUGAUCAAGUCAAGUAUCCUGUAGCUGAUGGCACUGCAACCUGGCUGUGCGAACAUUAAUCACGGGAAAAAGCGCCCCGCAGAAACGGAUCCUGACCAUGACCAGCCUUUAACCAAAAGAUUCAGUCAUUUACACUUAAAUUCUCUAGCAUAUCACCAUGACACCUCUGAUCGACAAAGGCUUGCUACAUCUAGUCAGGGCGAAAAGAUGAUACUGGAUGAUACCAAGCACACCCUUUAUAUACAUGAUCUGGAAAGGGAGCUGGCAGAAGUCGAAAUCCUGGACAAUCAACUCACAAUACUACCAGCUCUGGCUGAUACAUUGUCCACUGUCCCAAGAAUGCUAGUGACCGAAGACAGCGCUCGGUGUACUGAACUAGUGCUUUACACUGAGCCUGUUUCACUCACAGUUCCAAGAGGCAUUGAUGACGUUCAAAAGGCGCUUAUUGCCACUAGGGAGCGCGCUCGCCAGGCACAUAAGGAGCAUUUUAAUAGUCCUAGUGAAACAAGGGUCGCGACACGAUUUGGAGUGAAGAGUACUAUUGAUAACAAUCAGGUGUGUUUUGGUGAAACAAUGGAGAUUGAUGUAAACAAUUGACUCCAAAGACAGUGCGCGUUGACGGGUUGAAAGAUAGCUUAAACAUCAGCGGUGGAUGUCUUACAUGUCUGCUGAUAACAUAUAGUAUAUUGUAAGAGUUGUUAC